AUGCUUAAUCAGGAGAAAUCACUUCGCUUUAUCAUGGUUGAGGACUUGAAGACUUUGACUAUUAAUAUUCCUACUAGACCACCGGAUUUUCCCGUUGAAAUAUGGGUUCGAAUAUCGAAACAUUUGAGAAAAGAAGACAUUUUCCGACUAUCUUUGACGAAUCAUAGAUUUUACAUAUUAUUAACAAGCAAUGACAUCUGGUAUCCAAGAAUCAAAAAUACGUGGUUUCUAUGUGACUACAAUGAUUUGGAAAUGACACAUAAGAGGAGAAUGAAAAUGAAUGAAACGUAUUUCCAGUAUUUCCAAAGAAAGAAGAGAGACGACGCAUUUGUGAUUGGAUUAAUCAGCGAUAUACUGAAUUUUGGAGGUACUCAGGAUGAAAGCGAUUCGAUUGAAUCUAGAAUGGAAGAAGUAUAUAAAAACUUCAAGAAAUAUUUACCUUGCUUAUUGAACAUGACGUAUCAUAUAACUACCUCUUUAUUUAGGUCUUCUAGAAAUUGUAUUUUACUUUAUGACUUCAAUUCGUGGCAAUAUAAUAGGAGUUCUAAGUUAGAUACAAUAUAUACAGCCUCCAAAAUAAUUGAGAACUGCCAGUUGUAUGAUAUGCUCAAAUUUGUGGCUGGUAUUGAGAGUAAUCCACCCAAAGACCUGGAAUCUCUUUUUGUCAAAUUAUCAUGCUUUGACACUAGCUACUACGAAUUGAUUUUCCAACGACAGAGUACUAUUAAAUCGACAGUCGCAUCAUAUAAGGAAUGGCAUGAGAAGAACUUAGAUUCUAGUGUACAACGCAAAAUUGUUACUCUUAAUGCACUAUUACACGCAGUGAUCAGAUCAAAACGCAAAAGAUUAGAUAAAUUUGACACGUUCAUAUCCCCUGACCCAACUUAUGAAGAUGCUUCAAUUUUAAGGUUUUACAGUGGCGACUAUGUUACUUCUAUUCCGAUUGUUGUCAAUUCAAUCGUUGAAAAAUUAGCUAACAUGGUCGGCCUAGGUGAGUUUAUAGAGAUCAAUGAGAACUGCAUAAAAAUAACCGAAAAUGGUGAGAACUCCUACUUAUUAGUUGGUACAAAUCAAGCACAUUUGAAAGCGGAACAUUUAGUACCUGAGAUUUUGAGGAAGUUUCCAAUGGUUGAUUUGCGAAGUGGUCCUGGCAAAAAUGAAAGUGAAAGGUUGAAGCAUAUAUACUUAGGUAAAAUUUUUACACAUUUCACAGAUAAAGAGAAUAGAACAGAUGGAAUGUAUGGCUGGAAUAGAUUGUUUGAUUUCAACGAUAAUGGAGAAGUCGUAUUGGCGGUAAAUAGAAAUCAAUAUUUACAAGGACAGAUACUUGGAUGUGCAGGAGAAGUUAAGCUAGACCAAUACAAUCUAAUGAAAAAGAUAUUGUUCAAAAGAGAUGCACAAUACAUAACCAAUAGGCAAGACAUCUUUAAUCUACCAAUCUACAAUAUGCUCAAGUACGAAAAUGUUAAAUCUUUCAAGCAACUAUAUUUGAAGAAUAUACCGCUAAUUAAUAACAAAGGCUAUCAUGAAAAGGAUAUAUAUUGGAAAUCUGAUAACUUGAGUAUUGGUGAUGUUGUUUGGUCCACUUUUUUGAACACUUACGGAGUCAUUGUAAAACUUGAAGAAGGUGCGCUUCUGUCUACAGAUUCAUUACAAGAGCAAUCAUCGCAUCAGCAUGAAGUUUUCAGUCUGAAGGGUAUCAGAUAUGAAUCAGUCAACCCCAUUGAUUUCUAUGUUUAUUGUGGGUCAUAUGGGACUUUGAUUUGUCGCAGCAAGAGCUUAGUAAAAAGAGAGCAUCAACACAUUGAGUCGCUUCUUAUGUACGAUCAAUUGGGAGAGUGGUUUUCCUCAUAUGAUUAUAAUGCCAAAAAAUUCAUCUAUAGACAUGGAAAAUAUUUACAAUAA